GACACAUCCUAUGACAGGGCUGCUAUAAGGUGGACAGGUAGAGGGACACAUCCUAUGACAGGGCUGCUAUAAGGUGGACAGGUAGAGGGACACAUCCUAUGACAGGGCUGUUAUAAGGUGGACAGGUAGAGGGACACAUCCUAUGACAGGGCUGCUAUAAGAUGGACAGUGGAUGACCGGUAAAGAAGAGUGAUGACCCUAGGUGGGGUAACAGGACUGUACUAAGGCGGCGCUCUCCAUUGAAUUGCAGUGAGAAUGGGGGCGCUCACAAGCCGGCAGCAUGCAGGAGUUGAAGAAAUGGACAUGCCAUCUAGUUCCAUCUACAGAUACCCACCCAAGUCUGGCAGUUACUUUGCCAGCCAUUUCAUCAUGGGUGGAGAAAAGUUUGAGUCCAGCCACCCCGAAGGAUACCUGUUUGGAGAAAACAGCGAUCUGAACUUUCUCGGGAGCCGCCCUGUAACGUUUCCAUAUGCUGCCCCCUCCCCACAAGAACCUGUGAAAACCUUGCGCAGCUUGAUUAACAUCCGUAAGGACACUCUGCGUCUCGUAAGGUGCACAGAAGAAGUGAAAACGAGCGGUGUGGAGGGAACCCAACCCAAAGUUCAAUACAAUGUAGAGUUCACUUUUGACACAGAUGCGCGGAUUGCAAUAACCAUUUAUUACCAGGCAUCAGAGGAGUUCCAGGGAGGCAUUGCCAGCUACAUCCCCAAAUCCAGCAGCUUGCAGUCGGACACUGUGCAUUUUAAGCGAGGGGUGAGCCAGCAGUUCUGCCUUCCUUCUCACAUGGUGGAUCCCUCUGAAUGGAGGGAAGAGGAGCUUACAUUUGACCUGGAUCGAGAGGUUUAUCCCAUGGUGGUCCAUGCGGUGGUAGAGGAAGGAGAAGAACAUCUCGGGCACUGUCAUGUUUUGAUGGCGACAUUUGAAAAGCAUGCAGAUGGCAGUUUUUGUGUGAAGCCGUUGAAACAGAAACAAGUGGUAGAUGGCGUCAGUUACCUCCUGCAGGAAAUCUACGGCAUUGAAAACAAGUACAACUCUCAUGAUUCUAAGGUGACAGAGGAUGAAGUUAGUGACAACAGCGCUGAGUGUGUUGUUUGUCUGUCUGAUGUCCGGGACACACUCAUCCUUCCGUGCAGACACCUCUGUCUGUGUAACACAUGUGCUGACACCCUGCGAUAUCAGGCUAGCAACUGCCCAAUCUGCCGGCUGCCAUUUCGAGCUCUCCUCCAAAUUCGAGCAAUGAGGAAGGUUCCGGGCCCUCUCUCCCCAACAGGAUUCAGUCCAAUUCUUGCAGCUCCAUCUUCUGACUCGGAGGAACACACAUCUUCGGAACAUGUACCUCCAGGGUACGAAGUGGUUUCUCUUCUGGAGGCCCUGAAUGGACCACUCACACCAUCCCCUUCUGCUCCCCCGUUGCAUACUCUUGGGGAUAACAGACGCCCUUGUGCUCUUCCUUCCUAUGGCAGUGACAUCCAGUUGCCCCAUCUCCGAAUGCACUCACCCUUGCAACACCUAUGUGGAAGCCAGGCCUUAAAGCUAAAGAAGAGCAUUUCAAGGUCGAUUUCCCAGAAUUCUUCAGUGCUUCAGGAAGAUGAGAUGGAGAAAUCCUUCAGUGAAGCCGAGAUUUUAAGUCCCAGAAAAAAAACUCCCCAACUGGCAGAGGAGUGUGGAGCCACGCCGGAAAGCGAGAACAUCACGCUGUCUUCAUCAGGGGCCAUCGAUCAGUCUUCCUGCACGGGGACACCCCUGUCCUCCACCAUUACUUCCCCUGAAGACCCCCUAAGCAGCAGCCUGGCACAGUCCGUAAUGUCCAUGGCCUCAUCCCACAGCCAGCAGUCUCAGCUUAGCACAGACACAGUGUCUUCCAUGUCUGGCUCCUACACAGCAGGUGGAAUGGAUGAAGAAGUGGACAUCACACCAUCACCUCCAGCAGCUCCAAGUGGAUCUCCCUCAGAGGAGGGUGAGCUGUCACCAGUCAUGUCACCGGAGGGACAUUUUGUCACUGUAUCAGGAGAAGAGAUGGAUGCUGAGGGGAAUGUCACAGAGGAAGAGUUUGCAUCCCCAGAGGAAGAUGAUGGGCAGAGGACUGGCAGAGAGUGUGACAAUAACAAUGCUGCGCGGGUCACGUUGAGGGACACUCUGGACAAUGUGCGGGGCUCUGAUGGCUGCCUGGCCGAUGUCUGUUAUCCUGCUGCCCCUGGACAGAAAGCAAAGCACCCAUGCCAUGGGUCAGAUACCUGCAUUUCUCUAAAGGAGGUGGGUGACAAGCAAAGCCGGCUGGGAACUCUGGAUGUGUAGUAGCCUCUUACCCCAACAAACUUGCUGCUUAUAAUGUGGACACUUUACCCCACAAAUCACCAAGAGAGGCUCCCACCACCCUACCGUCACUCAGGACACCCCACAGAUUGCUCCUGGUGCCAGCCGUCCCACCUUCUUCACAAUGUUUCACAUCCCGUGCACCAGGAAGUGUAAUGAUGUACCUGUAUCACAGCAGAAAGGGGUGGCUGGUACCACUGCUGUAUAUUCUGUUUGUAUUUGGCCCGUGAUGUAUAUAUUCUGUGUAUAGACGUAUGGCCAAGGUAGCACUAUUCCGUUCGUUUCCCAGACUGUAUAUAUAUAUCAAAGGGAUGAUGGCACUAACACGAACGUGCCUGUUUAGCAAUAGUGAACUGGCUGGGACUGUUGCUCUCCAUGUGCAUAUUCUGUGUAGUCAUGGGGCAUCGGCUGGCACUGCCCAUUUGGGACCAAACAAGGUGGGAGCUUAGUUCUGUAUCUGUGAGGAAGUAUGGGGGUCAAAGUGGACGCAUGUAUGUAAAGUACAGGGGAGGUAAAGAUGUAAUAUUAUUUGUUUUAUGGAAUGAUGCGAGACUGACCACAGAAGAGUGUGCAAUAUCCACUCUGGGAUUUAAACUCCCAGUGAGCUUUUAAUAGCAAAUGAUGAAACCAGCCGGGGCUGUACCAGUGUGAAACUGGUCGAUGAAGAUCUGUGUUGGUGUGCCCCAGAAACUUGACUGUAUGAUUGAUUUCUGGUAAUGGAAGGGGUGGGGGGGGGGGCCUAUGCAUGUGUUAUGUAAACAAAGAUGGACAGAAUAGUGUGCCUGUUCUGUGUAACAAGAGGGGCAAGGAGCCUAGUACCGCUUGUGCUUUAGCAGUUCAAGGGAGGUGGUGCAGACUGUUGUAUAAAUUAAUUAAUUGCUUUGUUCAUAGAAUCCUCACUUCACAGCCUCAUUGUCCUGGGAGGCUCUUCCAAGCAAUGUGACAUUUAAACAGUAGAUCAUCCCAAAAAUAGCCCGUCUGCUCUACUGAAGUCUUACUAGCUGUUGCCUGCACUUCUGAUUAUUUGUCCCUUCCACUAGUCUGAUAGGGCUGACAGACCCAGAGACGCUUUUCUUCUGAUCCACUUGGGUUCAUGAUAAUAAAAACAUCCUGAUGAGGCAAUGAGAGGAUUAAGCAGGAGUGAGGUACCCGACCUGAAGCUAAGGGUGCACAACUUUCAGGAUAAUAAGUGUAGGUGGUCGACAAAUGGGGUCUCAGCUGUUCAAGGCCUGAUCUGAUCAGGUAUCAUUUAGAAUGUAAGGUUGUAAGAAUAUCACCACAUUAAACAGAAAUCACACAUAUUUAUUUGGUGGUCGUUGUUAUUGUAAAAACUAAAAAGUGGAACACUUACCCUGCCUCUGCCCUCUCUUAGACCAUUCAGACAGGAUCCCCCAAUGUCACAUACACUUUAGGACAGAGGUGCCCAAAAGGUAGGUCCCCAGAUGCUGUAGAACUACAACUCUCACACACUUUGCACAGUUUUAGAAUUACAAAGCAUCAUGGAGGCUGUAGUGUUAACACAUCUGGGGUUCUACCUCCUGGGUACCCCUGCUUUAGGGUUUAUUCACUAAAGAUGGAUUUGUGCCAUUUUUACAACUGAAAAAUAAACUUAAAUGAUGAAAGUAAACAUCCGAAAAAUGGCUCUAGCUCAACAGAGAUUUUUGUCCAAGUUUCCAAUUAUAUAUCAAUUGUCAAAAGGGUGUUUUCAACUUUCCCCAAUUCAUAAUUCAGCAAAUAAACCCUGUGACCGUA